AUGUCUAACCACGCUUCCGCCAACCCUGAUCGCUUCGUCGCCGACAUGGCUUCCUUGACCGCCGAUAAGGCCGACAACAUCGCCACCGAAGAUCAUCAGGCCAUGACUCCCACGACCACCGACAUCGAGGCAUAUGCCCAAGACAAAACUCUUGAAGUCACCGACACCGAGGUUGUUGACACUGAGCCUCUUUCCACUGAUGCAGUUGAUGCUGCUUCUUCCUCGACCAACUUCGCUUUGUCGACCUCGGCCAAAAUCCCCUGGGGUAGCUUUAAUACUGGCACCUUCAGAGGCCAUGCCCCUCAAGCCGCCCCUGCUUUCACCGCUCUGCAAAGCACCCAGCCCAUUCCGACCAUCUACCCUCCUUGUCGCGCAAACAUCUUCCGGACCCGCGAGAAGCACGUCCGUUUCCCUGUGUCCGGCUUGAGUGCGGUCGCUCCCCGUACUACUAGUCCCACCAUUCAAGAGCUUGAGGAGGCCGAAGGAUUUGCUGUGGCAGACAUGGAGGAAUUCCAGAAGGAUGUCAAGAGCAGGAUGGAGAAGAAAACGGCGAAGUUCAUGGCCAUGAUGCGGGAGAACGCUUGGCAACAGCAGCGAGUGGAGGACUUGGGCGAGGUUUUCACGAUCGAGGAUUGA